AUAAUUCAUAAAGAAAUUUAUACCGGCAAUGACAACGACUGAUUAUGUCGUUUGAUAAUAGUGAAUUACGUUUUGAUAAUUUUCUUUUUUCAUCAUUAAAAAUAAUAAUUAUUUUUCAAUCAAUUAUAUUAUCAAAUUCAUUAAUAAUUUCAAUAUUACUAUCAGAUAUUAAAAUUAUAUUUUGUGAUAAUUCAAAUGAUAAUAUUGAAUUAAAAAAAUUAUCAUCAAUAUUAGAAUUAAAUAAUAUAUAUAAUAAUAAUACAAAUAAUUUUUUUGAUAAUAUUGAAUUGUGUAAUUCAGAUGAAAGAUUUGAAAAUAAUGGUAAAUGUAUUGGUAGUAUUGGUGAUUCAUUGGAGGAUUUGAAUGAUUAUCUUGAUGAUUAUUUAAUUGACAUUGACGAUGAUGAUAAAAUAAAAAAUAAUGAUACGCAAUUGGAAGUGACAAUUUUGGGAUUGUUUGAAUUGACACAAUCACAUCAAGACGGAAGUGAGGCAAGACCCGAGGGACCAAGUGAAUUGCAAGCGGCUAAAUUGGCAAUCGAUCACAUCAACAACAAGGCCAUAUUACCAAAAUUUAAAAUAAAUCUCAUUUACAAUGAUACAAAGUGUGAUCCAGGUGUUGCAGUUGAUCGUUUUUUUUAUGCUCAAUAUAAAUCAAAUAAAAAAACAAUGCCAUUUUUAUUGGGCAGUGCAUGUUCUGAACCAACUGAGACACUUGCUAAAAUAGUACCAUAUUGGAAUAUGAUACAGGUAUCAUAUGGAUCAACGGCACCAGCAUUAUCUGGAUUUCCAUUAUUUGUUCGAACUGUUGCACCAGAUUCAAGUCACAAUACAGCAAGAAUUUCAAUUAUUAAAUAUUUUGGAUGGGAUACAAUAACAGCACUCUCACAAAAUAGUGAUAAAUUUUCACUGGCUGUGAAUGAUUUAGUUACUGAACUUGAAGCAGCAAAUAUAACAUGUACAGCAACAAUAACAUUUAGUGAAAAUGAUUAUAAAGAACAACUUAAAUUACUAAAGGAACUUGACACUCGUAUUAUUGUCGGUAGUUUUUCAUCAAAACUUGCACCUCUUUUAUUUUGUGAAGCAUGGAAAUUGGAAAUGUUUGGUGGUGAUUACGCGUGGAUCUUGCCAGAUGAAACAAUUGAUUUAUCCGGUAUGACAAGUGAUUGGUGGCAUGUGUCAUCAAGUGGACCUGGAUCAACUGGCUGUUCAUCAUCACAACUGGCUCAGGCACUUGACGGUGUUAUUAUUGUUAAGAGUUACGAUGUAACGUCAGUAUUUGAAAGUAAUCAAUCAACUUCUUCAGGCAUGACAAGCGUGGAAUUCAAAGCUGAACUUGCAAAACGUGGUGUAACUGUGUCAAAGUAUUCAGCAACAACAUAUGAUGCUGUUUGGUCAAUGGGACUUGCUUUAUCAAAACUUGAAAAUAUAUUAAAUCAACAAAAUUUAACUAUCAAUGAGUAUACACUAUCAAGGCGUAGUGUUAUUCAACGACUAUUGAAAGAAUUCAAAAGUUUAAAUUUCAAUGGUAUAUCAGGUCCGGUGUCUUUUGAAGGUGCUGAUAGAAUUGGCAUUACAGCGUUUUAUCAAAUGCAUGGUCAUGUACUUAGGAAAAUUGCAAUAUACACACCGAAUAAUGAAAAAUUGACAAUGAAUUGUUUGGGAUGCGCUCAAGCUAAAUGGCCUAAUCGUUUUCUUCCUCCAGUUGCAAAAAGAGUCUUCAGAAUAAGAAUGGUGACAAUUGAUCGUACAGCAUUUUUAGUUAUCACUAGUAUUUCUAGUUUUGGUAUAUCAUUGUCAAUAUCAUUUUUAAUAUUUAAUCUUCAUUAUCGUCGACGAAAAAGUAUCAAGAUAUCAAGUCCAAGAUUAAAUAAUCUAGCAGCUUUUGGUUGUGUACUUGUUUAUGGAGCAGUUAUACUACUUGGCUUGGAUGAUUCAACAUUAUCAAAAAAUUAUUUUCCAACAAUAUGCACUGCCCGAGUUUAUCUUUUGUCUGCUGGUUUUUCUCUGGCAUUUGGAUCAAUGUUUACAAAAACAUACAGAGUACAUAGAAUAUUUACAACAAGUCGUAGUGGUGUUAUUAAAAAUAAAUUACUUCAAGAUACACAACUUAUUAGUUUAAUAUGUGUAUUAUUAUUUAUUGAUGGUAUUGUUGUAACAUUGUGGAUAACACUAGAUCCAAUGGAACGUUAUCUUCGAAAUUUAACAUUAGAAAUUAAUCCUGAAGAACGAGGUGUUGUCUAUCAGCCACAGAUUGAAGUUUGUCGUUCACAACAUACAAAUGGAUGGCUAGCUUCACUCUAUGCUUACAAGGGUGUUUUACUUGUCGUUGGUGUUUACAUGGCUUGGGAAACAAGACAUGUUAAAAUACCAGCAUUAAAUGAUUCUCAAUAUAUUGGAAUGAGUGUUUAUUCAGUUAUAAUAACAUCUGGCAUUGUUGUUGUACUAGCUAAUUUAAUGUCUGAUCGUGCAACACUUGCAUUCAUAACAAUAACAACACUAAUACUUACAUCAACAACAGCAACACUUUUAUUACUAUUUUUACCACAAUUAAAUAAUGUCAUUGGUGGUGAAGCACCAGAUCCAAUUGUUCAAAGUCUUGGUCUUAAAAUUGAAUGUAAUACAAGAAGAUUUGUUACUGAAGAUAAAAGAGAAUUGCAGUAUCGUGUUGAAGUACAAAAUCGUGUCUAUCGACGUGAAAUGGCACAAUUGGAAUUACAACUAGCUAGAUUGGAAAAAAAAUUGGCUGGUGAGUCAAUUAAUAAUUCUACAUCAUCAAGUGUAUCAAUACCACAACGUAAUACAAGUAUUGGUGGUGGUUUACCAUUACUUUUGUUGAGUAUUUUACCACCAGUUAUACCAAGAGCAAGUUGGCCAUCAACAAAUCCAUCUGGAAUUCAUCGUGAAUCAAUAACAUUUAGAAGUCAUCCUGAAUUUACUCCAGUUGAAAGAAUAACAGAAAAUAAUUCAUCAAUUAAUGAAAAUUAUAAUUACGAAUGGCGUCGUGAAACAGAAGGACCACAUCGUCUUGGUGUAUUUCAACGUUUUGUAACAUUAUUUAAUAAUCGUACAGAUGAAAAUAAUAGAAAAGAUUCAACGACGUCAUACACUGGUGUUGCAUCAGUCUUGAAAAUUCAUAUGGGAUUAGUGCCUGGUUUAGUGACUGGCACAAAUACCUCGAGUGAUGAUAAUGCUGGUGAUGGUGGUGCUCAUGGAUCUGGACCAAUAAUUCAUGUUACAAGUCAAGAUGAUCGUCGUUCAAGUCUCAAUGAUGUGCAACAGAGUGAAAAUAUUGAUGGUGUCAGCUUUAGCCUCCUUUCAAAUGAUAAAAGUAUUAAAAAUACACAACACUGUCAUUCACAACAUUGUUUAACGACAAAUAAUCAUUUAAAUUUAUCAAAUGACAAUCAAUCCAUGGCAAAUCAAAGAUGGCAUUCAAUGGAGGAUACAACAAUUACUAAUAAAACAAAAAAAAUAAUUAUUAAAUAAUUUUAAAAAUCAUUAGCAAUACAAGCUCUAUCAGGAAUCAAAAGAAAAAAACAUCCCCAAUAGAUUUUAAAAGUAUUAUUUAUGAAAAUUUAUUGUCAACCUUUUUGGGACCAAAAUUUAAUUUUUCUUUUUUCUCUAGUAAUAUCAAAAUUAAAUAUUUAAAAAUAAUAACAAAGCAAUAAUAAUUUAAUGUUAAAAUAAAGAAAGUAUAUUAUGUAGACUUACAAAAGUGUUAACUCCUUGUGAUAAUGUUAGAAAUAUAAAAUUUUCCAACUGUUAAAAAAUCCUAUCGAAAAAAAAUAAAAUAAUAUAUAAAUAUUAAAUGGUUUAUUUAAUUUAUAUUAAUUUAUAUUAUAAUUUAUAAAUAAACUUACAUGGUGUUUCAGUUGUUUUAAUAAUACUA